GCCGAGACGGUCAGCGAAGGCAUUGCGAAGGUUCUGGAUGAUAACAAUGGCAAAAUUAGUGCCGUGUUCCAAUUAGCGAGGGACAACACUACCUCUCAAAUAGUGAUUGAUGAGAGCAAAGUUGCAGAAAUUCAGGGUUUCUUUGAUAGAGUUCUUAAAGCCACUGGUAAUAGUGCCAGCACGACUAUUUCUGAAACUACAGUGUGGAUAACACCAACCGGAAAUGACAAUCCAUCAACAUUUGGAAUGUCUCAACAAACUGUGACUUUGCCAAUUGUGACGUCAGAUCCAGUAAAUGUAACACCAAGUAAUUCACAAGGAUCAGAGGAGCCCAUGGUGAACCAGUGAUACCUCCUGGAGACCAACUUCCUCCAUCAGAGUAUAUGAGCUUCAAUGACACCGGUGCUGUCCUGAGCAGUUUUUUAAACGGGACAGCUGAGGGAGGAAAGCCUGUUACACCAACCGGCAAUGACAAUCCAUCAACAUUUGGAAUGUCUCAACAAACUGUGACUUUGCCAACUGUGGCAUUAGAUCCAGUAAAUGUAACACCAAGUAAUUCACAAGGAUCAGAGGAGCCCAUGGUGAACCCAGUGAUACCUCCUGGAGACCAACUUCCUCCAUCAGAGUAUGCAAGCUUCAAUGACACUGGUGCUGUCCUGAGCAGCUUUUUAAACAUGACGGCUGAGGGAGGAAAGCCUGUUACAUUAACGACCUCAGCCCCAAUUCAGACUGUGAUGGAGAGCGGGACCACGAGUAUAUCCGAGGUCCAGACUGAAGAGACUCCUACGACUACUGUAACUUCGGAUUUUCCUUCGACAGUAACUGUUGAGAUAUCAGAAGCACCUACAACAUUUACUGACUCUUCUGCUACUGAUGGGACGAUGGAAUCAUCUUUUUUCAGUCACAACUGGUAA